AUGGAUCACAAUACUUCUAAACGUACGUACAAAAAUGGAUCAUUUUCCAAAGAUCCAGCGUUGAAGCGGAUUCCGUGUACUGAUGAGAUUCUCGUUGAGAAAGUGAACACUGCUACCUGCUACGAUUUGGAGAUCCUCUAUCAGUCAACUACCUCCUUCGGUCAAGCAGAUGCGCUGUCAAGGCUUAUCAAAUCUCAAUGGUCAGAGCCCGAAGGAGUUAUUGCCUCGAUAUCGGUGGAACCAAACGUCAAAUUCCUCGUUCCCGAUGCUCUACGCAAUACACCAGUAAAAGUUGAAGAAGUCCGGGAGGAAACACGACAGGACUCCCUGCUCAAGAAGGUUACACAAUUCUUCCACACUCGUUGGACAAAAUUGUUCCACUCCACAGAAUUGCAUCGGUUCUUCCAACGGAAAGAUUCGUUAUCAAUUGUGAAGGGUUGCAUUUUAUUCGAUGUAGGAGUUGUGAUUCCAAAGGCGCUUUAG